UAAGGCAACACAAGACAGAAGGGAUAAAAGUUUAUCCUGAAUAUACGAGCCGAGAUGCGGAUCUGAAUCUAACUGCUUCUCAGCCUGGUACUUUACUGACUAUGGAGUUUACAAUAAAAAAUCUGAACCGGUCGACAGAUGAGCAUUUGUACUAUCUGCGAAUAGACUAUCGAACUAGUCCAACCGACAGCGACAGUGAUGAUUCAUCUGACUUGAGUCUCACAGUCCUUGUGCCUACCACAAUAACCAGUCCAAACCCAACUACUGUCACUGUUAACGAAACACAGACUGCACAACUUGAAUGUACUGCAACUGGUAACCCCGCACCCAGUUUUAAAUGGACAAGAGAUAGUGUGAUCGUUGGCACAGGAAGCCCAUACACUACACCAACAGUUACAUCUAACGACGACAAAGCGUGUUACUAUACUUGUGUAGCUUAUAAUGGAAUCCUUGAUGCCAAGACUGCUAACUUCUGUCUAAUUGUUCAAUACAAACCAAAAAACGCAACAAUUUUGAUUGAAAGAUCAACAGUUUGCCAGAAUGAUAAGUUGAAUCUGACCUGUACAUCAGGACCAGCCAACCCAGCACCCAGCAGUUACGAGUUUUAUGACAAUGGUGUUCUUGUUGGAACCAGUGCAUCCAACGUUUAUGAAGCUACAGCUACUGCAGGCUUACCAUCUGUAAACAAGUUUGUUUGUGUACCAAGAAAUCUUCUGGGACCCUCCUUGGAAAAUGGAAGUGUGGAAGUGACUGCAAAAGAUCCACCAGAAAGUACUAAUAUAACAACAAAUAACAGUGAUAACACUUUCCUGAAAGGAAACAAUGUAAGACUGUCAUGUGCGUCAACAUCAAAACCACAAUUGUGUAAUGUGACUUUUUACCAUGGUAACACUGUUAUCCAAAGCUACUAUGGCAAGACAUGCGCAGGAGCAGACGCUGCUAGUCACGUGAUUCAAAGUAUUGAUGGAUGUAACCUGGAAGAGUAUUCUUGCAAAGCUGAAAACCAGUACGGACAACAAGAGGCUAAAAUCAACCUAACAAUAAAUGUUCCUGCAUCAAUCAACAUUUCACCUGCAGCUGACGUGGUUCUAAUUGAAGGAGAUGCUCUGCAGCUUAAUUGUACUGCUACAGGUUGCCCCACUCCAAAUAUUACAUGGACAAAGACAGGAAAUAGUGCAUCUUUAGCUCGUGUGAAUGGCUUCUUUUCAUCUCAUAGCAUUAACAGCUUAAGCAAAUCAGACACUGGCCAUUAUAAGUGCUCUGUAGACAAUGGAGUUGCAGGAAGUCCUUUGGAUAGAACAAUAUAUGUAAAUGUCACAUACAAACCAGAACUCACGAACCUGACCAGCACAAAGACUGAGGCCUGCCUGAAUGACUCAGUUACUAUACAAUGUACAACAAAUGCCAACCCACCAGCACAUAAAUAUCGCUUCUACUUGAAUGAUCAGCUUGUACAUACCAGCAUGUCUGGAGUCUAUCAGUUGAAUGUUUCACAAGCAGGCAAUAACACAUACAAGUGUGAACCAAAGAACAUUGUUGGAGCUGGACAGAAUAAAUCGGUGACCAUUGCCACAAAAGCUCCUCCUAAGAUAACGUUUUCAACACCAAACMAGACUGUAGUAGAARGAGASMGAGUGGUUCUUAUGUGCAAUGUAACGGGUAGUGAYCCAAUGAASGUGACUUGGAGUAAAGUUGRUGGUUCAUCAUAUCCUGAASGUUCUAGUUMCMCCUUCAMRAGUAUUGUACGUGGAGACGAGGCUACGUACCAAUGUACAGCACACAAUGGAAAUGAGUGUCCUGCAGCAACUGCUCGAUCAUCCAUCACUGUCACGUGU